GAUCUUGGUGUCAGAGCCACCCCCGGGCCUGGCGGGCGGGUGCCUCAGCCAUGGCCCUGCGCAAGGAGCUGCUUAAGUCCAUCUGGUAUGCUUUCACCGCGCUGGAUGUGGAGAAGAGCGGCAAGGUCUCCAAGUCCCAGCUCAAGGUGCUGUCCCAUAACCUAUACACGGUCCUACACAUCCCCCAUGACCCUGUGGCUCUGGAAGAACACUUCCGAGAUGAUGACGAUGGUCCUGUGUCCAGCCAGGGAUACAUGCCCUACCUCAACAAGUACAUCCUGGACAAGGUGGAGGAGGGGGCUUUUGUUAAGGAGCACUUCGAUGAGCUGUGCUGGACCCUGACGGCCAAGAAGAACUACCGGGUGGAUAGCAACGGGAACAGCAUGCUGUCCAACCAGGAUGCCUUCCGCCUCUGGUGCCUCUUCAACUUCCUGUCUGAGGACAAGUACCCCCUGAUCAUGGUUCCUGAUGAGGUGGAGUACCUGCUAAAGAAGGUACUCAGCAGCAUGAGUUUGGAGGUGAGCUUGGCAGAGCUGGAGGAGCUGUUGGCACAGGAAGCCCAGGCAGCCCAGACCACCGGAGGGCUCAGCGUCUGGCAGUUCCUGGAGCUCUUCAACUCUGGCCGCUGUCUGCGAGGUGUGGGGCGGGAUACCCUCAGCAUGGCCAUCCAUGAGGUCUACCAGGAGCUCAUCCAAGAUGUCCUGAAGCAGGGCUACCUGUGGAAGCGAGGACACCUGAGGAGGAACUGGGCAGAACGCUGGUUCCAGCUGCAGCCCAGCUGCCUCUGCUACUUCGGGAGUGAAGAGUGCAAAGAGAAAAGGGGCACCAUCCCACUAGACGCACAGUGCUGUGUGGAGGUGCUGCCGGACCGUGAGGGAAAGCGCUGCAUGUUCUGUGUGAAAACGGCCUCCCGCACGUACGAGAUGAGCGCCUCGGACACGCGCCAGCGCCAGGAGUGGACAGCUGCCAUCCAGAUGGCGAUCCGGCUGCAGGCCGAGGGGAAGACGUCGUUGCACAAGGACCUGAAGCAGAAGCGGCGAGAGCAGCGGGAGCAGCGGGAGCGGCGCCGGGUAGCCAAGGAGGAGGAGCUGCUGCGGUUGCAGCAGCUGCAGGAGGAGAAGGAGCGAAAGCUGCAGGAGCUGGAGCUGCUGCAAGAGGCGCAGCGGCAGGCCGAGCGCCUGCUGCAAGAGGAGGAGGAGCGGCGCAGAAGCCAGCAUCGAGAGCUGCAGCUAGCGCUCGAAGGCCAAUUGCGAGAGGCGGAGCAGGCCCGAGCCUCCAUGCAGGCUGAGAUGGAGCUGAAGGAAGAGGAGGCUGCCCGGCAGCGGCAGCGCAUUGAGGAGCUGGAGGAGAUGCAACAGAGGCUUCAGGAGGCUCUGCAACUGGAGGUGAAAGCUCGGCGGGACGAGGAGGCUGUGCGUCUAGCCCAGACGAGACUGCUGGAGGAGGAGGAAGAGAAGCUGAAGCAGCUGCUGCAGCUGAAGGAGGAGCAGGAGCGCUACAUCGAGCGGGCGCAGCAGGAGAAGCAAGAGCUGCAGCAGGAGAUGGCGCAGCAGAGCCGCUCCCUGCAGCAGGCCCAGCAGCAGCUGGAGGAGGUGCGGCAGAACCGGCAGAGGGCCGAUGAGGACGUGGAGGCCGCCCAGCAGAAGUUGCGCCAGGCCAGCACCAACGUGAAACACUGGAAUGUCCAGAUGAACAGACUCAUGCAUCCAAUUGAGCCUGGAGACAAGCGUCCCACCACCAGCAGCUCCUUCACAGGCUUCCAGCCUCCUCCACUCGCCCGCCGUGACUCCUCCCUAAAGCGCCUGAGCCGCUGGGGAUCCCGGAGCAACAGGACCCCGUCACCUAGCACCUGUGAGCAGCAGAAGUCCAUCAAUGGUGGGGAUGAGUCUCCCAUCUCAGCUUCCACCCCUCGGGAAGAUAAAGUGGACCCAGAACCAGAAAAUUAGCCUCUGCUAGCCCCUUCCCCAUCUCCCCCAAAUUCAUGCCCACCGGGACCUGGCCACAGCUGGCCUGUGGGUGACACUGGCCCCUGCAAACGGGGGAACCGAGGACCUGGUGUCAGGGGCCAAGGCCCUCCAACCAUGAAACAGCCCAGAAUGGAACUUAGCUUAUUUUUUGUAUCAGCCCCAGGCCCUAGACCACUGAAGCUGUCUGGGAUGCUGAUCCUUAAGAACUUGAUUCUGUGCUGUAACCCCAAGGAUCCUAUGCUCUGGGCUGGGAAGGAGGAAACAAACAAGCCAGGGGCCAUCUGCCCCAGACUGCCACCAAGCUGUGCAGGCACAUUUCCAAAUAAAAACUGUUCUUGGAGUGAAUUAUUAA